CAUGGCUAGCCUCUCUUCUUUUCUUCUGUUUGAUUUGUAUGCUUUGUCCCGUGAUAUUGAUCCGGUUCUAAUCUAUACUCCUGCUGUAUCCCAUGGAGAAUUGAACUUGAUCAUUUUGGUAUCCGCGCUUGUCAUUUUGAACUCUUCCUGCAUGCUGCAAUUCACCCAUUUUUCUAUGAAUACUUUGCUUUAGUCUAUGUUCUCUUGGGGGCAUCGAUCGACCACCCUCUGCUUUGGACGCUUCCAAGGCCAAAACGGCUGCCUCGGGGAAUCAGUGUGGUCUCCUCCCCCCUUCUUGGUUUUGGCGUGUAAUUGGACAGACAAUUACACCAAAUAAAAAGUGCAGCCUCGUUUGUUUGUUCCUGUUGUACACUUGUAUAUCAAUUUUUUUUUCUCAAAAGUUCCAAUUUUUAUGUUUAAUUACAGUUCCUAGAGCCUGCCUCACCUUACCACUUGCUGGAUGGUUCCAAAGAGCUGUUAAACACAGCUCUAUGCUGUUUCAUGACAGCUUUGGUUUGAGCUGGUUAGUCUAUUCAAUUUGGAACUUUUCCUAAUUACUUGGAAAAGGCUGGUCAAACUCCAUCGCCUUCUAUACCUUGAGCUUGCCAACAUAAUUUACAAGAUCUAUUGCACGCAUACACACUUCCCUUUUCUCGACGAAAAAAGGCGAUAUCUUGUCUCAAGGAAUUCUUUUUCCAUUUGUAGCUAGGCCUUUUGGCUUCAUACGUUUGGUUGCCAUUCCAACUAUAUGAUCGGAGUUUCUUUGCAACGGCGGUUUAGUUCUUGCGAGGAAUUAGGAUGCAGGUUGGUACAAUAUGCUUGCUAGUGUGCUAACAAAUGUGAUUUCCACGGGUAGUCAUGUCAUGUCCAUAUCACAUUGUUUUGAGGAGUUUACUUUCUGCGGUUUCCUUUCGUUAUCAUUGGUUUGUUGAAAUUUUCUGAAACUUCUUGUUUUUGUGCCGUGACCGUGGCAGCAGCACUAGCAUCGCCCCAGUUGGAACUUCCAAUGGCUGCUUUAAAUUUCUUCAGAACAACAAGCCUUGGAUUGUUUUCACCAUGGAAACAAGGAAACUUCCAUCUGCCUGACUUAUUCUUGGGACACUUCUUCAGGAAUUAGAUUAGGUCUCCUAGCUGCUAAGUAAUUGCUUUGGCACAAGAGCCAUUCAUUUGAUGCUGGAAGAAGAAGCUGGGCUCAGAAAAUGGACCAGAAAACCAACAGGAGGAAGAAGUCUCCCUUUGGAAGGAUUCGUGCUAUGAAGGGCAGGAAUUCUUCAUCGAGGCACGGUGCUGAGCACUCUAUGAACACUACAGUUGAUUUGAGAGAGAGUCCAGAGCACUCACCGGUGGCUUCGCCUUCAGCAUCAUCUUCAUCCUUCUUCAAAAGUACAAGCCUCAAAUUCAGCAAUUUCAGUUCUCCUGCAUCAACCAGCACGCAUAUUGAGUCUUUUAGGGUAUUUGCAGCAACAUGGAACGUCGCCGGAAAGACUCCAGAUAUGGAGCUGAAUCUGAAUGACUUCCUGCCUUCUGAUGACCAUUCAGAUGUUUAUGUUCUAGGAUUCCAAGAGGUCGUCCCUCUCAACGCCGGGAACGUGCUUGUGAUCGAGGACAACGAGCCGGCGUCGAGAUGGCUCGCGCUCAUCAACCAGGCGCUCAACCGGACUUCGUCGUCGCCGCCGGCUAGCCGGUCCUUCAGCCAGUCCGCCUCUCCCGCUUCGGCACUCCACACGGCGAGCUCCAGCCCGCUCGACCCAUCGCUGUUUCACAAGAACGGGUCCUCCCCCAGAGAGGUUCGCCGCGCCGCCAUCACCCGCGGCCGCCGGCUCAAGUCGUGCACUUGCCCCGCGGAGAGGCCGCCCCGGCGCCGGCCGUACUCCAAAUCGUCGUCGUCCUGCCUGAUGAUGCGCUGCGGCAGCAGCAAAAACCGGCGCCGGUAUGCUGUCGAGGGCGACACGACGACGUCAGACGAGGAGGACAUGGACGUCGUCGUGGACGGCGGUGGGGAGGCAUCGUCCAUGGCGUCCGACGCCACGCUGUUGCUGCGGCCGGCGGCGGCGAACCUGCAGAGGAGGUACUGCCUGGUGGCGUGCAAGCAGAUGGUGGGUCUCUUCGCAACGGUGUGGGCGCGGCGGGAGCUGGUGGCGCACAUCGGCCACGUCCGGCUCAGCUGCGUCGGCCGCGGCAUCAUGGGCCGCCUUGGCAACAAAGGGUGCAUCUCCGUGAGCAUGUCGCUGCACCAGACGUCCCUCUGCUUCGUGUGCAGCCACCUCGCCUCUGGCGAGAAGGACGGCGACGAGCUCCGCCGCAACUCCGACGUCGUCGAGAUCCUCAAGAACACCCAGUUCCGCCGCGUCUGCAAGCGCUCCGGCCGGCGCAUCCCGGAACGAAUCCUCGACCACGAUCGCGUGAUCUGGCUCGGCGACCUGAAUUACCGGAUCGCGCUGAGCUACGCGGAGGCGAAGAAGUUGGUGGAUGCCGGCGACUGGGCGGCGCUGUUCGAGAAGGAUCAGCUCAAGACGGAGAGGGAGGGCGGGGUGUUCCGCGGGUGGAGCGAGGCCGUCAUCUCCUUCGCGCCGACGUACAAGUACUCGUGGAACUCCGACAGCUACUACGUCGGCGAGGACGACGACGGCGCGGCGUCGAAGAAGAAGACGAAGCGGAGGACGCCGGCGUGGUGCGACCGGAUCCUUUGGCGCGGCGACGGGAUCGUGCAGGUGGCGUACGUCCGCGGGGAGUCCAAGUUCUCCGACCACCGCCCCGUGUGCAGCGCAUUCAUCGUCGACAUCGCCGUCCUCGACGGCGCGGCCAAGAUGGUGAAGCUCGUCGCGGCAACGGCCAGCAUGAAGGUCGGAGCGGAGGAGCUCCUCCUACCUCGGCAAACGUAGCUAGCAUCGGCCAUCGAUUUGCGGGAGUUGGUACCAAGAAGCUCAUCGCAUCUCGUUGCGUACGCCACUGAUAAUCUAAGUAGAAGAUAGCUCGGCGCGUACUGAUGCGUGAACCGCUGUUGUUUCUUCGUGCUUUCGAUUCAGUUCUGACGCCAAAUGCUAAAGAAACUAAAUCGCUCUCUCUGACCCCAAAUGUUAGACUAAAUCACUCAGCUCUAAUCUGCAUCUCUGAAUUGAAUGUGUGUAACUAGUUUACAGAAAACAAUUUCAUAU